CCACCGGGGCUUGUUCGGGACAUGUUGAAAAGCGUAUAAUAAUAUGAACGCCCCUCCAUUGCUCCUCCACGCCUAAAGUUCCACCCUUCUGCUGUUUGGGUGGAGAGUUGGUUAUUUCCCGAUGUCUGAUUUUUUUUUACUUCACUCUCACUUUUUCCUCUGAUCAACUGGUUCUGCAGAACGCACUCUGAAACACUGAGAAUCCUGAUUAUUUUGGUUUACACCCUGUGAAAGUAUGUCUCCCACAAAGACAGGAAGUGCCAGCACUAUUGCUAACACAUCUGGGGGUAGCCAACAGAAGAGUCUCCCAGCAACAAAGGUCAAAAAUAAGGACUCCACCACCUCCUUUGUGGGUUCAGGAGAUGCAGGGAGGUCAGCACCAAGGACUAUCCCUGUAAAUAUCUGGGGACCAGGGGGCAGAGGAGCACCCACCUGGACCCCAAGAGUAAAGGUCACGGACGCAGCCGAUGCAAGAAAGAACACCCGGGGUCCACGCCCUGCCGCCACCGCGGGGGCGAGGGGCGGGGCCCCCCAGGCAGCUCGUGCCCCCGACAAGAUCCCACCCAGGAGGGAGCAGCCUGACCCGAUCCCGCCCAAACCAGAGGAGGUGCCCCUCGGCACGGGCGUGAAGAUGGAGAGGAAAGCGGUGGAGGCGGUGGAACAGCUGACCCGCGGCCAGAGCCGGAACCCCCACUGGUACUCCUGGCGCAAGUACCGGAUCACGGCCUCGAUGGCGCACCAGGUCUCCCACAGCCGCUUCGUCAACGGCCGCGGCCACGCUCCGCCCGUCUCCUACCUGACCGCCAUCACCGGAGAGAAGCGCGGGGUGAAGACGCGCGCCAUGUCCUGGGGCAUAGACAACGAGCCCCGGGUCGCCCGGGAGUACGAGCGCCUGAAGAGCACGGCGCUGGGGCGGCAAGUGCGGGUGCAGGACUGCGGCCUGUUCAUCGACCCCGAGCGCUCCUGGCUGGCGGCCAGCCCCGACGGCAUCGUGGAGGACGCGGAGAGCGGGGAGCGGCUCCUCGGCCUGGAGAUAAAGUGUCCCUACAAGCACCGCGACCGCACGGUGGCCGAGGCCUGCAGGGAAGACCGCCAAUUCUGCCUGGAGCUGAAGCCCAAGGUCGGGAAGGGAGAGCCACAGUACCGGCUGAAGACCAACCACCCCUACUACACGCAGGUGCAGUGCCAGAUGGCUGUGGUGGGGCUACACAAGGCUGACUUUGUGGUGUUCACCCAGAAGGAGAUCGCCAUCGUGCCUGUUACCUUCGACCCCGAGUCCUGGAAAAGCACACUGGCCAAGAUGGAGAAAUUCUACAAGGAUGCAGUGCUGCCACACCUGCAGAAGAAAGGGAAGGGUCCAACAGUCCAGCAGCGGGAAGAGUAGACCAUUGUCAGAGACUGCAAGUAUGUCUUUACAUGUACUGGUUACAUGGGUGACAAGGUAACCAAUCCGCAUGCAGGACUGUGGUGUGACGCAGUGAUGUCAGAGAUUAGGCUGGAGGAUGGAAGCGCUUGCUUUGUAAAUGCAGGAAAUAAGGGCUUAACAGGCAAUUAAUUCUCUGCCCCAGGAGUAGAGCACCAUAGUUGUACUGGUGAAUAGAAAAAGGCAUGUCAAAAGAAAUGACUGUUCUAGAAGCUCUAAUGAGUGUGCAGAAUGGUUACAGAGAAAAUUGUUUGAUGGUUGAAAGCUGUGUUCUGAAAGAUAAAAAUGAAAAAAAUAUUAGCAUCUCUGUGCCACAAUUGAAAGGUUUUACAUACACUGGGUUGAGAGCACUUGGAGCUCUGAAAAUAUUAUUGGAAGCGAGGGGUUUGCAAAUGCAUAACUUGGCCGAGCUCUGAAUAUAUUGCAUCACCAUUCAGAUCCGCCACCUGCUAACCAGGAGGACCCUGUCCCUGCACCGCGGAGUCCAACUCAAUGAUCAGCAUUCACUGGAAGACAAGCUGAUUCAGCUGUAUCGCCCUCCAUUCACACACAUGCACACACAAUUCAUUAGCUCCUCCAGCUGCCCCUAGAACACACACGAGACAAUUUGGAUUCAUUUUCAUUUAUUACUGAAAGAGCCACAUAUAUUCUAUAAAAACUAUUUACAGCCUUCAUUAUUUUCUUAGUCUUACACACAUAUGGUGCAAGUAUUAAUGUUGCCAGUAAAGAACAUUUGGGUUUGCCUGAGAGUCAAACAAAAUCCAAAAACAAGGAAACAGCACUGCCAUCCCUACAGUUUGGUAAUGAGAAUGUUUGCUUUGAACCAAGAAUGACUACAUGUAGAAAUAAGAUGGAAUGUUGAAAAAAAAAAUUAAAUAAUUUCCCCACCCCCCAAA